UGGCAUCACCGCCAUACUGUACUGCACCAUCCAUAAUGGCAUUCAAUGGAACGUGGCAGGUCUAUUCUCAAGAGAACUAUGAAGAAUUUCUGAAAGCCCUUGCAUUGGCAGAUGACCUCAUCAAAGUUGCCAAAGACAUUAAGCCUAUUAUUGAAAUACAACAAAAUGGAAACAACUUUGUUGUGACAUCAAAAACACCUAAGCAGUCUCUAACAAAUUCAUUUACUCUGGGGAAAGAGGCUGACAUCACUACUAUGGAUGGCAAAAAAAUAAAGUGCACAGUUAACAUGAUAGGUGGGAAGCUUGUGUGCAAAUCAGAAACAUUCUCCCAUGAACAGGAAAUAAAAGGAAAUGAAAUGGUGGAGACACUGACUGUUGGUUCAGCAACCCUCAUCAGAAAAAGCAAGAAAGUAUAAACAAUAAGAAGAGAGACCUAUUCUAUUUUGGACAUUUUUAUAUUCCAGCAUUAAAGUGCAUUUGCCAUCA